CCAAACAGAGCUUUAAAUCUCACAACCUGAUAUCUCCCCCAAACUGUGCAAUUAACAAUCUCUGCCUCACUACCGUUAUUCAUCUACAUAUAUACAUACAUCUCACAAACUGUAUGUUUUGAAGAUCGAGCUUUAAAGCAACAAUGGCGCUGAAUCUCCGUCAGAAACACACCGAAUGCAUAAUUCGAAUGCUGAAUCUAAAUCAACCGUUAAAUACAACCAACACUAAUGAAGAAGUGUAUAAGAUCCUGAUUUACGAUAAGUUUUGCCAAGACAUUUUAUCGCCUCUAAUUCACGUUAAGGAUCUCCGUAAACAUGGCGUUACUCUUUACUUUCUAAUUGAUAAGGAUCGGCAGCCAAUUCACGAUGACGUGCCAGCUGUGUAUUUUGUGAAGCCUACUGAACAAAAUGUGAAGCGCAUCGUUUUAGAUGUGUCUAGGUCGAUUUAUAAUUCGUUUCAGCUGAAUUUCUCGUCUUCGAUCCCGAGGAGUUUGUUAGAGGAGCUAGCGGUAGGUACUUUGAGUUCAGAGUCGAUUCAUAGGGUUGGGAAGGUGUAUGAUCAGUAUAUGGAGUUUGUUACGUUGGAUGAUAAUUUGUUUUCGUUAGGGGAUAAGAGUUGUUAUGUAAAGUUGAAUGAUCCGUCGGCAGGGGAUAAGGAGAUUGAGGAGAUUGUUGAGAGGAUUGUUAGUGGAUUGUUUUGUGUGUUGGUUACGCUUGGUGUUGUUCCAGUUAUUAGGUGUCCGAGAGGCGGACCGGCUGAGAUGGUGGCGUCAUUGUUGGAUCAGAGAUUACGUGAUCAUCUGUUGGCUAAGAAUAAUUUGUUUAGUGAGGGUGGGAGUUUUGGGGGGUCGUUUCAGAGGCCGAUUUUGUGUUUGUUUGAUAGAAACUUUGAGUUGUCGGUUGCUAUUCAGCAUGAUUUUAGGUAUAAACCUCUUGUUCAUGAUGUACUUGGAUUGAGGUUGAAUAGGUUGAAUGUGCAAGGGGAGAAGGGGGGGACGAAGUCUUUUGAGUUGGAUAGGUUUGAUCCGUUUUGGGUGGCGAAUGGGUCUUUGGAGUUUCCUGAAGUUGCUGUGGAAAUUGAGACUCAAUUGAACAAGUAUAAAAAAGAUGUGGAUGACGUGAAUAGGCGAACAGGUGGAAGUGGAGGAGCUGAAUUUGAUGGCACGGAUUUGAUUGGAAACACGAAGCAUUUGAUGAGUGCGGUUAAUUCAUUACCCGAGUUGGCUGAGCGGAAGAAAGUGAUUGACAAGCACACGAAUAUUGCCACCGUUCUGUUAGGUGAGAUCAAAGAGAGGUCUUUGGAUUCUUAUGCUAAGAAAGAGAGUGAAAUGAUGGUCAGAGGUGGCAUUGAUAGGAGUGAACUUAGUGCCGUACUCAAAGGGAAGGGGACUAAGAUGGAUAAGCUGAGAUUUGCCAUAAUGUAUCUUAUUUCAACUGAAAGCCUCCCUCCAGCAGAAGUAGAGAUGGUUGAAGCAGCACUUAGGGAGUCUGAGGUUGAUACUAGUGCCUUUCAGUAUGUUAAAAAGAUCAAAUCAUUGAAUAUUUCAUUGGCAUCUGCGAAUUCUGCUAACAGAAGUAAUAUAGUAGAUUGGGCUGAGAAAUUAUAUGGGCAGUCUAUUAGUGCUGUAACUGCUGGAGUCAAGAAUCUGUUGUCUAGUGAUCAUCAACUGGCUUUGACAAGGACGGUGGAUGCCUUGAUGGAUGGGAAACCAAAUCCUGAAAUUGAAUCUUACCUUGUCUUUGAUGCUCGUGCUCCGAAGUCAAAUUCAGGUAGCAGCCAUCUGAAAGGACCAUUCAAAGAAGCUAUUGUUUUUAUGAUUGGUGGGGGUAAUUAUGUGGAGUAUGGAAGCUUGCAAGAACUUGCGCAAAGUCAACAGCCCGUCAAGCAUGUUAUAUAUGGAACCACAGAAAUUUUAACAGGAGGGGAGUUUGUGGAACAGCUUGCAGUUCUUGGGCAGAAAAUGGGACUAGGUAAAAGCAGUGGUGGUGCUGGUGGUCCAGCUAUAUAGAAGCAGAAAACUUUGUUUGUUCUAUGAAGACCAUGGGUUGCGUUGCGUGUGUACCAAAAGGAUAUGUAUGCUCUAUAGAAUCCUACUAAUAUACGACCGUAUACUUUAUGCUUAUCAUCACUUGAGUACUAGAUCCACUCCCUUCCCCUCCCCCCAAAGGGCAGGCCUCAAGUGCCUGCAGAUGUAUCCGUAAUUCUAAUUUUAAUCUGCCUUCUGCUUUGUGCAUUUUCUUUGUAUGUUCUUGCUUCAGUUUGAUGCCAGAUUUAUAUAUUUUCCUAAUUUAAUUAUAUUCUAUGAACUUUUUGACAUGCAAA